AUGUCAACAACCACCACCUACACUCAUCGUACAUAUUUACAAGCACGGGGUUCUAUGAUUUCCACAUCGACAACUAGCUGUCUUCGAUGCGGCAACUUGUCAACCUUUCUGGAUAAUGUCGCUGUCCCUGCAUCGAACGAGCCUUUACAAUUUCUCUACCCUUCUUUCGCGAAAGGUAUCUUACUAGGGUGCCAGGCUUCGGAAUCUCGAGCUCGUUUCUCGUCUACCCGACGGUCCAAACUGCGCGGAAAUCACAAGAAGUUUCAGCAGCCGUAUACAUCAGUCAAUGCGAAGUCUCGUCGAUGGCUGACUCAAGGCAGCCAUUUGGCUACGAACGGUAAUGUUGGAGAUGUUGAGGUUAGUCCUCGGGCGGAGACUUCGUAUCCCGAACUUUACCGCGAUGCCGACCUCGAUCGGUUCGACGAUGGUGGCAGACGAACCGAUCGUUUACGUACGAGAGCUAACGAGCAUGAGACGGGACCACGCAUCGAACCCGAAGUCGACAAGAUCUUAAAUCAUAGAUCCUCUAAUGAGCCCAUGUUCGACGAGGGCACGAUUAACGGAAACGUGGAGUAUGGACAUAUGGAAAAUGAAGUCUUCAAUGCAGGAGAAUAUGCUUUGACGACUCCGAUGAUGCAGUCAGAAGUACCCCCUCCUGACGACCGGAAGCUUCUGACUUUAAUGCGCAAACGUGAUAUGGCUCUGGCCGCGAUGACGGCCUACGCGAAUACGCCAGGGGAAUCGAAAAAAUUGAGAUAUCGACAAUUCAUAGCAUUAAAGCCCAAGAAUAAACAUAAAAGACGGCCUCACUGGACAGAGUUAAUGGCCCGGCUUGAAAGGAUGCACCAUGAAACGAUCGUGGAGCCGAUAAAAGGCACACGCAAGGAAAUUCUAUUGCGAGAAGAAACGGUUGCAUUUUUCUCGGGCACUACCAGAUCGAUGGAGAAUAUCUGGUACGUUCGGAUUCGAAAUGGAUGUAAGGUCCACGUGUUGGACUCUAUUGAGAGUGAGGGUAUAUAUCGCAAAGUGGUCCUUACUGGAACGAAACGAGUGAUUGAGCUCGUAGAGAAGCAGCUUCAACAAUUCGAUGAGCAGAUUCGGCAAUCAGAUGUACCCCCUGUCGUUCCCUCAAUGCUUGCUUUGCGCCAGCAAGGCUUGACGCCUCCCCUAGUUCGAAGAUGGUGGUUCUCCCCUUCGGACCAUGAUAACCGCAUGAUAGUCUCAAAACCUGUGUCAGGUACUGUGGUGACUAGCGUUCGGGCGUUUAACAGCUUAGUCGAGCAAUGGGUCUAUUAUGAACCCCCUGUGAAAGGACGCUGGCACACCAGUUUAGUGAAAGACGAACUUGUCGCUUUAUUUACCAGGCCGGAAAACAAGCUCUAUUUCUCGUCCAAUGCCUUACACUUAGCUCUAAAUUUUCUGACGGAACACGAGUUUCUUAACUCAGUUCGCAAGGUAUUUUAUCACGCCAAGACUGUGGCUACUGCAAACACGUUCAACGUUUUUCUUCAGGCAUCCGCCAAACGCCAAGAUCCUUGGUUCUAUCGGUACGUUCUGACAGAGAUGGAGAAAUCGGGAGUUCAGCCGAAUGGGCAUACCUGGAUGACUUUGUUGAAGUCUCUUGUUUCGCCAGGCCCGAGAAAGGAAUUGAUGAAACGUAUGAAGGAGUUUGGAUUACUUGAAGACACCAGAGUGCUUCAUGAUAUGAUAGAGCACGACAUCUCCUCGUUGGUUUCCGAUUCUCUCGAAGAAGGGAACGAUAUCCAGACUUUUCUAGAGUCGUUGGAACGGGAUUAUGGCAGCGACAUCAUAACGACAAACUUACUCAACCAGAUCCUGAAUGCAGUUUAUCUAAGACGAGACUUAAAACUCACGGCAGACAUACUUAAAAGCUUCGAACGAUUCGGAAUUGCUCCAAAUGCGAGAACUUUUACUGCCGCACUUUCCAUAUUCUUCCGUAUUGGUCCUGCUGUGGGGAUUAUGACACCAUAUCUGAGAGAACAUGAAUAUCUUCUUCACCACCGCCAUUACGACAUGUUGUUUCUUGACGCGAUAGCCUCGAAUGCGAUCAACGCAUGUCGAGUCAUUUGGAGAUAUGCCAGCAUGAGAGGCGAAACGAGUUCGACAAUGCGAUAUAUCGUCCUCUCAUCUCUUCUUGGUAAACGUUCAGCGCGGCAUGUGACCAACCCUGAGCACAUUAAUCAUCACAUUGGUUCUCUCGUUAUUGGAUUGAACUAUCCCCAGACACAACCCACGACAAGGGCCGCGUCGCUGGUACCUCCACAAUUCCAGACGAAUCCAUUGAUAUACCUGCUCCACAAUAGAGACAAUAUGCCGGCCUCCGAAAAGAUCAACCUUGUCAAGGCGUUGAUGGAGGACGACGUCGAGGGUGGACCACAACAUAUACCCCUUGAACCUUUUACGGUCAUGCUAGAUGCGGCCGUCAGACUCGAUUCAAGUCCAGAGUACAGUUGGGACAGGCCUGAGGGAGGAGGCCAUCCUGGCAUGAAGAAGUUGCCGACGAUUGAGAUUCUCAAACGCAUUAUAGAUGUUCCUAUAGAAUAG